UCUUUGUCAUUGACGCCACACGGAGAGGAGAUAGUUAUGAGUUUAAAAGCGAGUGGAUUUGUUUUCUUCCUUCUCUCUAUGCCAGUGGUACAGGGUCACGAUGGCUGGGCAGUGACGUACACUCCUACUGAGAUCUGUGCAUUUAAAGGAUCAACAGUGGAAAUCAACUGCACCUACACGUACCCAGCCAUAUGGGAAUACCAGGUUAUCACAGUUAAGAAAACAUUCUGGUUCACUCAAUUGAAGGAUGAUGUAUUUGUGGAUCUGAAUACAGACCUAGAGUAUACAGGUCGUGUUGUGGAUCAAUGUGAAAACAACAUCUGCACUCUGAGAGUCUCAGACCUGAGAGAGAGCGACUCAGCUGAGUACAAGUUCAGGAUUGAAACCAACCAUCAAACUGCAAGAUGGGCUGAUUUACAUGGAGUCACUUUGUCUGUGCCAGAUCUUCAGGUGAACGUGCACAGAUCUGAUGAAACCUGGUCAGAGCUGAGGUGUCAGAGCAGUUGUCAAAUUCCUGGUUAUCCUUCCUACAUCUGGUACAAGAAUGGAGAGAAAAUUCAGACAGGAACAUUUUCUUUUGCAGUUGACUAUGAUCCUGCAGACAGCUAUUCCUGUACUGUAAACGGACAUGAGAAUCACCGUUCUCCUCCAGUGUGUACGUUUAUCCAAGUAUCCGUUGUCAACCACUUAUCGGUAACCAAACUUCCCUUUUCCUACCCACAUCAAACAGCUUUAACAGUGGAUUCCAACGCGCUCCCAGGCCAGAGUGGAGAUAUAAUCCCUCCACCUGGUUCUGGCUGGCAGACCGUUUUCCCAAACUGCUUUGAUGCUGACCGAAAGUCCUUCUCCGUGGCUUCUUGGAACUCCUUCCACACCUGUUGCUUUGCCUCUGACAUGGCUGCACUAACUGAAAUGUCAACGAUGAUAGUGAAUGUCAUCAGGAUUACACUGGGGUUCUUGAUUCUGAUUCCUGUGUUUCUCCUGAGUCUGUGGACAAGGCAAUCCAGUAAAAAGGAAACUCGGAGCUUCCCCACUGAAGCACGUGAUCCUGUGGAGAUAGAGUUGGACUCUUUUCCUAAGUAUGAGAACGACUCACACACUGCAGCACAGACAGAAGACACAGAGGAGCAGGGAGACAUGGUGUGA